AUGGCGCACAUUUUCGAGUUGGCCCAGACCCUUUCGUCCUCCCCAAACUAUAGCAAUGGAUUGAAAGCCAGCGACCAGAUCAAGUUUCCAGCGACUGAAGUGUUUGGCGGAUUCAACAAUGCUUCCCGCAUAGAAGGAGACGUGGAGAAUCUCGAAGUCACCGGGCAGAUUCCCCGAGACAUCGACGGCACUUUUUUUCGAAUCCAACCCGACCAUCGACACCCCCCUAUUUACGAGUCAGAUAUCCACUUCAAUGGCGACGGCAACGUCACAGCGGUACGUAUCAGUCAAGGCCGCGCGCACUUCAAACAGCGCUACGUGCAUACGGAUCGAUUCAAACACGAAAGCCAUCAUGGAAAGGCUCUAUUCGGCAAAUACCGCAACCCGUACACAGACAACGAGGCGGUAAAGGGAGUGAUUCGGACCGCAGCCAACACCAAUGUCUUUUUCUGGAGGGGAAUGCUACUGGCCACCAAAGAGGAUGGCCCGCCUUAUGCGAUGGAGCCAUCCACGUUGGAGACCAUUGGAAGAUACGAUUUCGAAGGCCAGGUGUUGAGCCCAACCUUCACUGCGCAUCCGAAGUUCGAUCCAAAGACGGGUGAAAUGGUUUGUUAUGGAUAUGAGGCUGGCGGAGAUGGAAAUGAUGGAUCAUGCGACAUUGUCGUGUACACUAUCAAUGCCGAGGGCGUUAAGACGGAGGAAUGCUGGUACAAAGCUCCAUUCUGUGGCAUCAUUCAUGACUGUGGGAUCAGUGACAAUUGGAUCGUGCUGCCAAUGACGCCACUUAAAUGCGAUCCAGAGCAGUUGAAGAAGGGGGGCAAUCAUUGGGCGUGGGAUCCGAACGAGGACCAGUGGUAUGGCCUGGCGCCGCGGAGAGGUGCCCGGCCAACAGAUAUAAGAUGGUUCCGAUCGAAGAAUGCUUUUCAAGGCCAUACCGUAGGCUGCUACGAGACUUCAGAUGGCAAAGUCGUGUUCGACCUCACAGUCGCUGAUGGCAAUGUCUUCUUUUUCUUCCCGCCUGUCGAUACGCCAGCUGGAACCGUGGCUCGGCGCAACAAAGUACGAAACAAAACAACACGCUGGAUAUUUGAUCCGGAAAUGAAAGGUUCAGGCUGCUGGGUUGAGCCGGUUGAAGAGGUUGACACGUACUCGGGAGAGUUCUCUCGGAUCGAUGAUCGCUUUGUGACAAUGGAGUACAACCACUACUGGCAAGCAGUGAUUGACCACACCAAGCCCUACGAAUUUGAAAAGUGCGGCUCCCCAGCGGGUGGGCUCUUCAAUUGCCUUGGACAUUUCACCUGGGAUAAGUCCAUCACCGAGACAUUCUGGGCUGGUCCCUGUGCAACGUUCCAAGAACCAGCUUUCAUCCCCAAACCCAACUCGACACAAGAAGGGGACGGCUACCUUAUCGCGCUGCUGAAUCAUCUUGACGUUCUCCGAAAUGAUAUCUGCAUCUUCGAUGCACAGAAUAUAAAGCAGGGUCCAGUGGCGGUGAUACAUCUGCCGUUCAAGCUUCGUCUGGGGUUGCACGGAAACUUUGUGGAGGAGAAAGAGAUCAAGGCGUGGAGAGAAGCAAGGGAGCAGAAAUUAGGUGCGGUGAAGCCAGCUCAAUCGUCAUUGGCGUGGCAACGGGAUAGGAUAGUUCAAAAUGGUGUCAGUGAACCGAACCGCGGCGACUGA